AUGCCCGGGGCGACUGGAACAUCUGUGGCGGAAAUGGAGCGACAUGUGAAUGAGCUAUCCGAUGAGGUGAAGCAAGAAGUUUCGGCGGUUAUUAACGCGUCUGCCAGACAGUCUAUCAGACCGUACAAUACACAGAAUGAAUAUUUAUUCGCCAUGAAGGAAGACUUGUCUGAAUGGCUUCAAAUUCUUCACUCAGAAACGAUAAACGCAUAUUCUUUCUUUCGAAAACUUGAAACUGGAAUUCUCCUCUGCAAACACGCGAAUACAGUGACGCUGCAUGCCGAAGAGUUCAAAAUGACGAACCCAGAGCAUCCCUCGUUGACGAAAGUCAAGGUGCCGCAGAAUUGUGUGAAGUUUAACGAGGGCCGACAUGUCAAAGCAGAGUCGUUCUUCGCGCGUGACAACGUUGCGGUCUUCAUCAAGUGGUGCAGGGAAGAACUUGGCAUUUCGGAUAUCAUCAUGUUCGAAACUGACGAUCUCAUAUUGAGGAAGAAUGAGAAGAACUUUAUCCUUACACUUCUCGAGGUUGCUCGACGAGGUGCAAAAUUUGGAAUGGAGGCACCAACGAUCGUCAAACUAGAACAAGAAAUUGAACGCGAAAUGAGAAUCGAUGCGGGCGAAGUUGAAAGCGACUAUUCCGAUUAUGAAGAGCCCGAACCAGAGCCGCAGAAAGUUGCGAUCGACUUUAAAAGCCUGGAUGAAAUGGUGCAAUAUUAUCUUGGACUUUGUACUUGCCCUACGAUGUUUUCGUUGACGAAAGUGGGAGAUGGAAAGUAUCGAAUUGGAGACUCAAAGGCUUUGAUCUACAUGAGAAUUCUCCGAAAUCACGUGAUGGUUCGAGUUGGUGGAGGCUGGGACACGCUAGAAAAUUAUUUGAACAAACACGAUCCAUGUCGGUGUCAACGCCAUCGCCAGGAGAAACACAUUCGUCAGAAACUUUCUGGAUCAACGACGCGUCUUAAUCAAACUCUCUCCCCUCAAGCGACGACCUCUUCAAAGUCAUCGUCGCGGAGGGGGUCAAGGGCCUCGCUCGCGGCGACACUGUCGACAUCGACGCCCUCGCUAAAUGCGUCGAGGCCUGUAAAGACUAUAACAAGACCGAAUCCCAUCGGUCUUGAAAAGCCAAAAGAUAGGCGCAGCUUGCCUGCUAGACCCGCAACGGCAACUCGACCGGCAAGGCGCUCGAGUGUGUCGUCCGAGUACUCGACCACUUCCGUGUCUGAUAGACUCGGUCCUCCUAGGAAACGGCUUACGAAAACAAAACCUAAAUCAAAACCCAAACUUCAACCUCAACCACCACCAAAAUCGAGUCUCGGGAGAAGUUCCUAUAACAGUAAAACUCUGGGCGGAAGUUUCAGUGCUCGAAAUAAAGUUAAAACAAAAACACCAUCAACCCCGGCUUUUCGGCCGUAUUCAACCCUUCCUCGACACUUCAUUAUCGAGCGGCACGAAAAAGGACACGUUGUGAAAGAAGUCAAGGGUACGCCGUCUAGCGUCAAAUCCGAUAUUGCCAAGGAAAGACGGCGAACGACAAACAAUUCCAAUACUCCAACGCGUUCUCCUGCCACUGCUCGACGCAACGUCAAUCUAAACCAGUCGUUGCCUGUCGACCGCUCUUCUGUAGAGCGCAGUAGGCCACUGAAAGGCGACAGUAACUCUGCGAGUAGAAUGAAAAAACAUCGCAGUCAAACUCCCUCUCGCUCUAGAAUCGGUUCAUCGACCCCGCCGCGCUCAUCCUCGGCGACGCCUUACUCGACUCCUAUGACCGCGAAAACGCCGAGGACAAAACGGCUGACCUCGCAGGAAUCCAUGGCACCUGGAAAGAGCUCCGGAAAGACGUCUCGUGAAUCGAGCCAAGACCGCAAGGUCAACAUGAAGGUCUAUCGCGACGAUAGACUAACACUAGAAGAUCUCGGCUCGUCGACAAAAGACGAGAAAGCUCCAACAAAAAGGCCAAAAUCCGCUGCGGAGAUGGCGCUCCAAAGCUUAUCUGUGUCUUUGCAUGGAGUUUCGGGGGAAUUAGUCAAGCCCAGAAUGGAAGCGAGGCCAGGAUCGGCUAGGAGUAGAAUACCCGUCCCGGUUGGGAGGAGGGUCAACACUCGAAGCCCUUCGCCAUUCUUCAGCAAUGAAUCUCCCGAAAGAGCUGAUUCUGGAAUAGACAUUUAUAACGAUUUCGAAUCUCCGACAAAUACGAUGCGUCGUCAACGCGCUGCCGAGGCAACUCGCCCACCAGACAUCAUCGAGUGA